AAUGUCAAAGAUAAUGUUUGUCGUUUUCUUGCCUACCCUAAAGCCGAUCAAAUAAGGGGGCAGACUUCCGGUAGUUCAAUGUCUAAAGCUGGAGAAGUAAACUGCAGAGCUACUGUGGCACCUUCAUUUCUAUGUACGGUUACACCAAGUAGUGGCUGUUCCGAGUAUUCAAUUUUAAAAUGUCAUGUUUGUGAUGAUCCGCUCUUACAAAACACACAGAAGUUCCCGGACUCUUUGUUUGCUGCCUCGACCCAGGACCAUAGUGCAAAAGCUGCAAGAAUAUCCAGUGGCAGUUCGUGGUGUGCUCCUGCUGCUGAUGGCAAUCAUUAUCUUCAACUGAAUUUCCCAAGUCUUUAUAGAGUUAACGCUAUCGCAAUCUUUGGAGACAGUUCAAGUUUAAGCUUUAUAACUGAAUAUCAUUUGCUUACAAACAUUGACGGUGUUAAUUGGAACUCUGAAAAAUACCAAAAGAUUAUACAACGAAAUUGGAAUGGUUACAAUGAUGUAGCUAUAGAUAAAUUCUCUCGUGGCAUUAAAGCCAAAAGUUUACGAAUAGUUCCGGCGAAGUCUAUUGGUAAACCGUGUUUACGAAUUGAAGUUUGUGGGGGAGACAUGCUACCACACAAACCGACACAUCUUACUGUGACUGAAGUUGCAUCAAGAUACCUCAAGAUAACCUGGAAAGAUCCCGAAAUCACUGGUAUGAAACUUGGCACAAGUAUCUUGAAUCCUCUGACCAAAGUUCGAUUAAUAGUGCUGAAGGAUACUGUCGUUAUUUUUAAAAAAACUUUGGAAGCAACUCUAAUUAAACCUUACAAAUUAGAGAAUCUCAUUCCUUACACAACGUAUGUAAUAAAUGUAACCGCUGGCAACUCUGAAGGUUUUGGUGGAUCAAGCACAGCUAGUUUUAUCACUGCUGAAGAUGUUCCCGAAGGUCCAUCUUUAAAUGUUAACAUUUUCGCCAUCAGCAGUUUAUCGUUAUCAGUCACGUGGAAGCCACCAGAUGUAACCAAAAGAAACGGAAAGAUAGUCAGUUACACUGUUUGUAUUACGCAAUUAGAGAAUGAAACGUGUUCAAAGAACUAUACCACCAAGGAACAGCAUUUUGAAAUGAUUAAUAAUGUGAAGCCAGAGACAAAAUAUUAUGUUCGCGUUUCAGCGUCUACGAUAGUGGGAUCUGGAAUUUACAGCAAUAGUACAUGGGCAUUUUCAAAUGGAUUGGCACCUAAACUGCCCAUUACGCAGAUUGGAAAUUCAUUGACUUAUUUGUUGCAAAAUCCAACUUUGGAAUAUCGAUAUUUCUUCGUAGUCGUGAUGGAAUAUGGCGAAGAAGAGAAUCGUUUGACUUCUAACUUCAAAAAUACAGACUUAGUGACUUUUUCUGAGGCCAUUGCCGCCACGCAACCAACGCCGUAUAUUGCCGCCGUAAUGUCUCGCGGAACUUUUAAGUCUGAGUUCACACUUGGUGUUAGCGGAAACAUAAGUCUUGCAAGGACAAGAAGACGGCGUUCUAAUGGUAAAAUUUAUUAUAAUGGGCCGCUGAAGCCCGGCACUAACUACAGAAUAUUUCAACGCGUUUUCUUAAACGAUCAGGGGGAUUAUUAUUCUACGGACUGGAGUCCAGUGGUAGCAACUGCCCAAAAGCGGAAGUCAUCAGGCGGCGGAAAUUCUGGAGCUAUUGCAGGUGCAGUUGUGGCUGCUAUUUUCGUCAUUAUUCUUGUCGUAUUGGUCAUUCUGUUUGUGAGAAGACGGCGUAAGGGAAGGAAACGUUCUGGGUCCGUUAAAAAAUCAAAUGUAGAAAAGGUCAGACAUCACGGACCAUCUGUAAUGAAUCAAGUAUUUGUUGGAAGCCAUAACAUUGAAAAUAUCAACACCCCUGAUAACAUCAAUAGCCCGAUGAACAGUCAGGAUGAAUCAGUUCUUGUCCUGAAUGAAGAGAAAGUUUACGAGAACAAUGCUGCUAUUACCGCCAAGGAUCGUCAACCAAUUCCCAUAGCAAUGUUUGAGAGACACGUGAGGAAACUGAAGCAUAACAACAUGAAGGAACUAAAGUUAGAGUUCGAGGAUUUACCAAAUGGUCAAAUGUCCAAUUGGGAUGUCGCGAAGAAACCUCACAAUACUUCAAAAAACCGAUAUGGAAACGCUGUCACAUACGACCAUUCUCGUGUGAUACUCUCCGGAGAUGAAAAGACUGACUAUAUUAAUGCUUCAUUUGUCGACGGCAAAACUGACAAUUAUUACAUCGCGACUCAAGGACCCAAACCCAAAACAGUCAACGACUUUUGGAGGAUGAUAUUCGAACACAAGUGUCCAACUAUUGUGAUGUUGACGACAUUAAAAGAAAUGGGAAAGGUGAAAUGUGAAAAGUAUUGGCCAGAUGAAUCCAAGAUAUACGGUACGAUCCAGGUGACCAUCACCAAGACAAAAGCUUUUGCUGACUACGUCUUGAGGUCUGCAGUAGUGAGCAAGGAUGGUGAGCAUCACAAAGUCCAGCAGUUUCAUUACAUUUCAUGGCCGGACUAUGGUGUGCCUCGUCAUCCAACACAACUAUUGACAUUCAGGAAGCAUUUCAAAUCUUAUCAUAAGACAAAAGCCGGUUUUGCCGUCAUCCAUUGUAGCGCUGGUGUUGGUCGUACUGGAGUAUUUAUUGCCAUAGAUAAAAUCCUCGAUGAUCUUGACGAUGAUUAUGAGACAAAUAUUGAUGUAUUUGGCUUUGUAAAAGAGAUGAGAUCGCGGCGAAUAAACAUGGUUCAGACAGCGGAUCAGUACAUGUUUAUUUAUGACGCCAUUAUGGAUCAUAUCCAAUGUGGAGUGAAUGAAAUUGAGGCUAUGCAAAUCAAGGCCGAGAUCGAACAUCUAUCAAAAAAGCUUGGGAAUGGAAGAACUGGAUUUGAAGAAAUAUUUGAGCGUUUACAAUCAGUUACAACAGAACUACCUGAAGAAGUUUGUGAAGCUGCACUUUUGAAUGACAACAAGAAAAAAAAUCGCAAUCCUAAAAUAUAUCCAAGUGAAUCUAAUCGUCCACCCCUUAGCCACCUGGAUCAAAUAGAGAAUUCCGACUACAUUAACGCGUGUUUUGUUGACGGUUACCUUGGCAAGAAUUAUUUUAUUGCCACCCAGACACCUUUAAAAGAAACCAUUAACGACUUUUGGAGGACGGUUUGUCAAUAUAAGUCUUGCACCAUCGUUAUGCUGAAUCAACUCAACGAAAACAACCAGGUCUGUGAUGAAUCGAAAGAAAAGGAAUUUUGCAUUGAUUAUAUUGUGAUUCAUUAGGGUUGUAGCUUUCUCGAUAUACUGUCUCUAAAUUUAAUUUUUUUUGGAUGACUUGAUUUGCUUUGGUAUUUAUCAGAAUAUCCAAUGUUUUGGCCUACGCAACGAGCCAGAGCUCAAUCGUUUGGUAAAAGUACCGUCUUGUUGGAUUCAGUUGUAA